AUGUCGUUUUUCGGUUUCGACGCCUCUGGCGCCCAGUACCAGAACCAAAGUGCCCCAGGUGCCAAGGAUUCUUACGAUUUCCAAGACACCUACGAGGGAUUGGGUGAGCUCGAGGAAGAUGACGCUCUCAAUGACGAGACCUUUGGCGUUGGAAACGUCAGAAAGGAUUUUGACUUUUCGUCCACUUCCGCUGCCGCUGCCCCUGCCACCCGUACCAAUCCAGGUGUGAGCUACGCACGUGCUGCUGCAAACGACGAUGAAUUCAUGCAAGACUUGUGGGGAGUCAACCGUCCGCAGCCAGCUAAUCAGCAGCAGCAGCAGCAGCAACAGACCCAACAGCCCCAGCAGCCCCAGCAGCAGGUGCCCGAGGAGAAGAAGGUGUUGAGUUUGCAGGAGAUUGAGGCGCAGUUGACGGCAAUCGACAACUCGCAGCCACGUCCAAUGGCUCCUCCCCAGCAGCAAUACUUCCAGGGAGGUUAUCCUCCCCAGUUCCCUGGGUAUAUGAUGCCACAGGGCUUUAUGCCUCCCCCUGGCCAGUAUGGCAUGCCAUACCCUGGACAGUUCAUGCCUAUGCAAGCGCAGAUGGUGCAGAUGGGCGGCCAUGUGCCAAUGAUGGCUCCUCAACAGCCUCAGCAGCCACCCGCUCAGUUCCAGCAACAACAGCAACCACAACAGCAGGUCCAGCAAGCUCCACAGGCUCCUCAGGCUCCUCAGGCUCAGCAACAGUUUCAGCAACAACAGCAACAGCAACAGCAACAACAACCUCUUCCACAGGCUGUGCCUGAGGUUGCCGUCCCCGCCGAGUCCAAAGAGUCAGACUUGUCUCAGUUCCCAGUCUUGGGCUCCAAGGGCGAGGUAAUUAACCAACCUGUUCCAAGAGAUGCCGGUGCUGUUCAGCAACAAAGACUGCCUCAGAACCAGCAUGCCUCUCCCCAUUACGGUCGCCACCACCACAUUCCUAUGGAGGACUUGUCACCAGAGGAACAGGAGAAGUUAGCUAGAAGACAGGAGAAGGUAUCGAGGAUCAUGCGUUACUCAGGUGUCAUGAACCCUAAGGACAAGGACUUUGUUACCCGUUUCCAGCUCUCUCAGAUUGUCACUGACGAUCCCUACAAUGAAGAUUUCUACGCGCAGGUGUACAAGGUGAUCCACCCAAAGACCUCCUCUGGUGGUCUCGGUGCUCCUCAUGCCCAGCAGGCCAACUCCAUUGCCCAGGCAUACUUGGACCAGAGUGGUCACAGAUUGGGUGGAAGAUUUAAGAGAGCAGACGUGGCUUUGCAGAGAAUGCAGCAGCAGGUGCAAAAGGCUGUCACUGUGGCUAAGGAGAGACAAAAGUUGCCUCAGCAUGUCAGAGAAGGUGUUUUGGGUAAGAUCUCUGUGGGCUCUGGAAAAAAGCCAAGACAGCAGUUGACCAUCUUGAGUAAGGCUGCUCAGAAAGCCAAGGACGAUGAGUCUGAGGAAGGGUUGAUCCCAGUUCAAAAGAAGCAGCGUUCGCCAUCAAUGGCCGCACCAUCCAAGCCAAUCAAAAAGUACACCAAGAAAGAUAUCAUGUCUAUUUUGGAAGACAUUAUCAACAACUUGAUGACUGUGGAAAGCGAAUCCAGAUCGUCAUCUGACGUUGAUACCACUCAAUUAUGGGCUUCCCUUCACAUUUUAGACCAGGCUUCAUCUUCGGGUGAUGACGCUUCAUUCGUGAACCCAUUCAUUCAAUGUCUUAACUACUCCAAGGCAUUGAAGAUUUUACCUCGUUUGUUCAAGUUCUUGUCAAGAGAACAAAUCUUGACCAUUGUGACUUUGAUUAUGUCCAACUUGGAGAACCUCACUGUUAUUAAGGACGGCUCCUACACAACUUACGAAGAUAAGAAGGUGCCAGAAAAGGUAUUGAAGUUGGUGGACACUUAUUCCUUGACCUUGAGCAAGGUGUUAAUGAACGCCGUUCAGGACUUCAAGUUCAACGAAAUCAUUGGUUUGCUUCUCAUUUUGAUCCAACACAACGUGGUGUCAUUCGUCUCCACCACUAAGAUCGGAUUGUCCAUUUUAACUACGUUGUUGUCUAGAGCCGAAUUGAUGAGAGGCGAAGGCAAGAUCUCAGCUACCGAUUUAUCCGAGUGGACCUCGUGUUACGAUGAGUUGUUCACAGCAUUGGAAUCACGUAUUGCUGCUAUCUUCCCACCAAACAAUGGCGAGGCCGAAGAUGAUUACGUGUGGCAGUUCUUGGCUACGUUAUCGUUGGGAGGUAAGUUGAGUCACCAAAGAAUCAUCGUCGAUGAGGUCAGAGACGAGAUUUUCGGAGUUAUGACCAGAGCUAAGGCAAUUGACAAUUCAGACAUGGCCAACCUAUACAAGAAGCAAAACAUGUUGAACAACUUGAACAUGUACUUGGUUGUGAUGGGAUUGGUGGCGGACGAGAACGAGAUCCAGGAGUUGAAGUCGUAG